AUCAUUGGUGGACUACCUCCUCGGGCCCCGCCCCCUGUCCCGCUCCCCGGCUCCCAUUGUCUCCGCAGAUGCCUCCUGGUCCGGCUAAGGUGCUGGGGCUGUUCAGUUUUAGGGUUCACGCUCCUAUUCUUCUCUUCGAGACGUCCCGCGGCUGAGAACGGGAUUCUAGAGUUCCUUGGACUUUUCUUUCCUCCUUAGGACCCACUUUGCCCCAUCCCAGGGAGGAGAGCAGCUAUGUCUGCGCUGCGACCUCUCCUGCUUUUGCUGCUCCCUCUGUGUCCCGGUCCAGGACCGGGACAUGGGAGUGAGGCAAAGGUCGUCCGGAGUUGUGCAGAGACUCGGCAGGUGCUGGGAGCCCGGGGAUAUAGCUUAAACCUAAUCCCUCCCUCCCUCAUCUCAGGCGAGCACCUUCAAAUCUGUCCUCAGGAGUACACCUGCUGUUCCAGUGAGACAGAGCAGAAGUUGAUCAGGGAUGCUGAGGUUACAUUCCGUGGCCUGGUGGAGGACAGUGGCUCCUUCCUGAUUCACACGCUGGCUGCCCGGCAUAGAAAGUUUAACGAGUUUUUUCGGGAGAUGCUGUCUAUAUCCCAGCAUUCUUUGGCCCAGCUCUUCUCGCAUUCCUAUGGUCGCCUGUAUUCCCAGCACGCCGUCAUCUUCAAUAGCCUGUUCUCCGGCCUGCGGGACUACUAUGAGAAGUCUGGUGAGGGGUUAGAUGACACCUUGGCGGACUUCUGGGCACAGCUCCUGGAGAGAGCCUUCCCUUUGCUGCACCCACAAUACAGUUUCCCUCCUGACUUCCUGCUCUGCCUUACUCGGCUUACUUCAACUGCUGAUGGCUCUCUGCAGCCCUUCGGGGACUCACCCCGCCGCCUCCGCCUACAGAUAACCAGGGCACUGGUGGCAGCCCGGGCCUUGGUCCAGGGUCUGGAGACUGGAAGAAGUGUGGUCAGCGAAGCACUUAAGGUACCUGUGUUGGAAGGCUGCAGACAGGCCCUGAUGCGUCUGAUUGGCUGCCCACUUUGUCGGGGAGUACCUUCACUUAUGCCCUGUCGGGGCUUCUGCCUCAAUGUAGCCCAUGGCUGCCUCAGCAGCAGGGGACUGGAGCCUGAAUGGGGUGGAUAUCUGGAUGGUCUCCUGCUGCUGGCUGAGAAACUCCAGGGACCCUUUUCCUUUGAGCUGGCUGCUGAGUCCAUUGGGGUGAAGAUCUCAGAAGGUUUGAUGCACUUGCAGGAAAACAGUGUAAAGGUGUCAGCCAAGGUGUUUCAGGAAUGUGGGACCCCCCAUCCGGUGCAGUCCCGUAACCGGCGAGCACCAGCACCCCGAGAAGAGGCUAGCCGCUCUUGGAGGGCAUCAGCUGAGGAAGAAAGGCCCACAACAGCGGCAGGCACUAAUCUGCACCGUCUGGUUUGGGAGCUCCGGGAGAGACUUAGCCGAGUGCGGGGCUUCUGGGCUGGACUGCCAGUAACGGUGUGCGGGGACUCCCGAAUGGCGGCAGAUGUCUCACAGGAGGCGGCACCCUGCUGGACUGGUGUUGGGAGAGGCCGGUAUAUGUCGCCGGUGGUCGUGGGCUCCUUGAACGAGCAGCUCCACAACCCGGAGUUGGAUACUUCGAGUCCGGAUGUCCCGACGCGGCGGCGGAGGCUACAUCUCCGAGCAGCUACUGCUCGAAUGAAGGCGGCUGCACUGGGUCAGGACCUUGACAUGCGCGAUGCAGAUGAAGAUGCCAGUGGCUCCGGAGGGGGGCAGCAGUACGCAGACGACUGGAAAGCUGGAGCAGUGCCUGUGGUUCCCCCAGCCAGGCCUCCAAGGCCACCUCGUCCUCCUCGAAGGGAUGGUCUUGGAGUGAGAGGAGGAAGUGGCAGUGCCAGAUACAACCAGGGCCGAAGCAGGAAUCUGGGGUCACCUGUUGGCCUCCAUACCCCACUUGUCCUCAUCCUCCUCCCCUCAGCUCUGACUCUGCUUGGACUUCGAUAACGAGGGAGGGGUGCCCUAGCAUCAGAAGGCUUAGUGGUCCUUUUCCUUCCACCUCAUCAGCUGGGCAUGAGGAGGAGUGGAAGGGGGCUACAGAGAGGGCAGUAAGGGACUUUGUGGGUGAAUGGCUGGGGCCCCAAAUCCAGGAUUUUCCAAUUAGUGGGGUGGGAGGUAGAUGGGUGUUCAUAAUAUUUAUUUUUUCAUUUGGAAACUGGGGAUAUUUAUUUAGGAAGGGAGUAUGGUUCAGCUCUUAAGGUGUAGGGCUCACUGAUGCAAAAGGCAGGGGGUGGGGGUUGGGAAGUGGGGUUGAAGGAACUUGGAAGUGGGGAGGGAUGGUACUAUUGGCAUGGGGGUACCUGGUAUUGAAAAUGGACAAAUAAACUAGCUGAGAGUGACGUCUCUUGCCUGUAAACCCAUUAUUAUUUUGGAGGCUGAGGCAGGAGGAUUGAGAAUUGGAAACUAAUAAAGCUAGGUGCUGACAGUUGAGGGGGGUGGUUAAAGGGGUAGGGGGUAGGACCUGAGUUGUAUUGGCUCUUUUAAAAUCAUCUGUUUCUUAAGUAUGGGGGGAGACCCAUCUUGUGACCUUUGCCAUCCACAUCCUUCACAAGCUUCCUCUUCAGUGUUCACAUCACUGUUUAUUGGUAAAUAAAUAAUUUAUUGGA